AUGAUCACUGCUCCAUCGCACGCUCACGAGCUUGCCUCAACAAUCAGCAUCAGGUUGCGUCUCUGCCAAUCAUCAAUUCAGAAACCAGCAAUUGCAAGGCUCCAAUCACCGAAGGACGCUGCUUAUCCCUGCCAAGCAUCUGUCGCCGAUUACCACAGCUGGUGCUCUGAACUGCCAGUGGACGGCGAAUUGCUGGGAGCCACGGAGCGGGGAGCAAGCAUGAGCAAAAGCCCGCCCCUGAACAUCAAGAGGCUGGUCGAUAGCAACCAGAAGUACGAGGAUGCGGAGCGCUACUCCAAGACCUGCCAGACGGGGAGCCUAGUCAGUGGGUGGCACGAAAGGAACUUCCAGAGGAGCGGAACGGGCCUUCAAGCUGCCGGGAAGCCGCUGGAUUUGAAGGGCGUGUCCAGGGAUGCGUGGAAGAUCCAAAGGAAUCCGGUGUGCGCGCGGGACUCCGUUGAGCAAGAGCUCUUCAUGGCUGACGAUGCGGUGAAGAGGGAGAGGAAAGCCCGCCUCCGGGAGCUCUUCGAUAGAGAAGCCCUGGAGGUGGAGGCUGAGCUGAACUCCAUGGGGCUGGCCCUUGCCAAGAACAGGGAUUGA